CAGAUGUGAAACUGACAACACUGUCUGCGCAACAGAAAGCUGAGCGUCUUAUGGCUGGGGAUACAUCCACAUAUAUUACAUGAUGCCUCUAAGUGAUGAGGUUUUCCUUGAAGGGAGACACCACUAAAAAACUGUAGGAGGCCAAACCCCGAUUGAGAAAUGACUAAGGGAAUACAGAAGGAGCAAGGAUACGACUGUUCAGAUAUCUGGGGAAGAAAUACGGCCUCAACCAGUGGAAUCUAUACUGUAAAACCAGAAGGAGCUGAUGCCUCUUUCCAGGUGUUCUGUGAAAUGACAGCGACCGGUGGUUGGACCAUGAUGCAGAAACACAAUGGAGAGGACGGGUUGACCUUUGAGAAGAUGUGGGAUGACUAUGAAAAUGGAUUUGGAAGGCUUGAGGGUGAACACUGGCUGGGACUCAAGCACGUCUAUCGCCUGACGCAUCAGGAGCACAGACCCUGCACGCUGCACAUCAGUAUUGGGGACUAUGUUGACGAUGAAGCUUAUGCAGAGUACAGUCCCUUCAGUGUUGGGGAUGCAAAAGACUUUUACCAGCUCUCAGCAGGAAGCUACUCGGGCACAGCAGGAGACGGCUUCCGUGGCGAUAUCGGAACCGAUGGGACCAAUCAGCACGGCAGCUAUUUCAGCACUCAGGACCAACCUCAUGACGGCUGUCAUCCAAAUUGUCGUUUCGAUGACAUGAUGUUUGUAAGCUGCAGUGACUUUUACAGAGUUGGCUGGUGGUAUAACAACUGCGGGUCAGCAAAUCUGAACGGUGAUUGGUACAGUCCAUCCAAAAAUACUAGCUGGGCGUCUUCAGUGUCUUGGCCAACGUGGAGGCCCAACGAGGCCCUGAGAUUCAGCAAGAUGUACCUGAUCUUCACUUAGAGGGAAAAUGUAUGGGUACAAAUAUCUCUAUGGAUAUCACUGUAUAUGUACAGUAUCAUGUAUAUACUUUUUAACUAUUUGAAUUUUUUUGUGGCAUUUUCUGUAUCGAACAAACUGUUUUUGAGUUACAUAAUAAUAUCA